AUGGAUCGGAAUGAAGUGGACACGGAGCGUCGUCUACGCGCCAUGGAAAUCGCCUUUGAGCACGAGCGACAGCAGCACGAAGUGCUUGAGAAGAAGUACGCGCGAUUGAAACGGCGCUACGUGCGGCUGGAGCGAUCGCACAGUCGUUUGGUCAUGAAGUCGCGUGAGAAAAAUUACAAUGCAAUUGACGUCCCAGCUGUCCAGUCGGAGACAUCUAGCAGUAGCGAGGCGGUACCAAGCUCGCACAUGUCACCGUUUGCAGUCAUUGAUCUCACGAGUCCACGCCCUGGAUCGGAUUCUGCUACGAGAUGCAACGAUGCACCGCAAAGUGGAAACUCUGGAGGAUUACGAGACUCGCGGUCGGCUCGUUUGUCGAGAGAGGAUUUCUGCGGUGAAAGUCCGAGCUCGUUGCUCGGGUCUCCGAGACCAUCAGCUGACGAAGUCUGUACUAGUGAGGACCAAGAAGAGCAAAAGGCGGAAGAGAGAGAGGCGGAGGAGGAGAGUGUGGAAAGGACAAGCAGGCGACGCAAUAUGAACACAUUGUUCUCAACCCUUACGUCUCGGAGACGUCUGCAUUUGGACUUCGCACUUCCAUCAGGCCUUCCCGAUUCCAAUCGCGUAGUACCAAGUCCAUUGCGACGGAUGCAGCAGCAAGAUUUACAAUUGGAUCGUCGAGUCAGGUUGUACGGCUCUCCGCAAGCACGUUUCACGACAACGGGUCGUGGAGAGCAUCGCACACGAACCCGUCCACGACUUCGUUCGUACGAUCGAUCGCCAGAACGGACUGCUACAUUUGCUUAUGGACUGGAAUCGGAACAGGAAGUAGAGCCUCGGACACAUCAUCAUGAGCUACCAAUUCCCUCCGUAUCGUCCCCCGUGGUGAAUUCAUCAUUAGUUCCGACAACGCCCUCGUUUUUGCCACUAGCUACUUCGUCGUCUGUAUCGCGUCCUGGAGCUCAGAGCGAUGAAGAGGCUUCGCUGGCUUUGGCACGGUAUCUGCAACAACAGGAGAACAUUGCGGCAUACGAAGAGCACGAAGCUCGCUUACUCCAGGCGUCUGCAGGUCAAGUAUACAACCAGCGAUCUCGUGAGCACUUUGGUUCAGUAGUCUCAGGUAUACUGAACCAUCAGCGCAACAUUGAUCCGGACAAUAUGACCUACGAGGAACUGUUGAGGCUCGGAGAAGAGGUCGGAGACGUGAAGCAGGAAAGAUGGCGGCAAAUAGCGGUUCAAGUCAUUUCGGGUCUACCGACCCAUCAAUGGACCGACAGCCAUGGCGAAAAACACACGUGUAUCGUUUGCCAGUAUAAUUUCAUGCCAAACGAUCGUGCCAUGACCCUUCCGUGUGCUCAUGUAUUCCAUGAAGAUUGCGUCGAUAGCUGGAUUCGCGAGAACAACAGUUGUCCACUGUGCAAACGCGAAAUCUCUUCGAUGUAG